AUUGAAAGUGAGAGUAGUUGAGUGAGGGAGUGAGCAAAAUAAAAUCGACGAACCCAACCCUUUCGCCUCGCCGUACGCCGUCCUUCGUCCGUCGUCGCUGUUUCUCCAUCACUGCCACUCGAUCCUGACUUCUCCCUCUCGGUUGAAAAGGGCAUAUGGGUGAUAGGCAAGUAGUUGACAACCAGCACAUAGUUGAUCCACAGCUGCCAUCUUCUCCUCCUCCACCACCUCCCUCAAAGGAUGAUAUGAUUUCGUGUGUUAUGGCUUUGGAGGCUGCUUUGCUUCCCUGUUUGCCGGCCAGAGAACUGCAAGCGAUAGAUCGUUCUCCUCAUCCUUCCCAUCAAAUCGAUGUGGAUCGACAUGCUAGAGAUUUUAUGGAGGCUUCCAAGAAACUUCAACUUUAUUUUAUUAGUUUGCAACGUGAGGAGAAGCCAACAAAAGCUGAAAUGCUUAGAAAGGAGAUUGCUCUAAUGGAAGAUGAGCUUAACGAAAAAAACGAGCUGAUUAAAAAACAAGAACAAUUGAUUCAGGAGUGGAAAAAAGAGCUCACAGAUCAGUUGGACAAACACAAUAUUGAGUUGAACAGGGUUUAGCUUGAGAUUUAAUUCUUAGUCUCUAAAUAUUUAAAAAUUCGAUCAAUGACAGUUUUUUGGUCUGUCUUUCUUUCUCUCCCAUUCAUUUAGCCUCAUGCCGCCUCUAUUUAUCACUACAUAGCAUUGCAACCACUCUUGUAUUCAGGCAGUAGUUUGAUAGCGUUCUCUAAGCAAGAGUCUCCCUUGCUUUUCAUUGCAACAUUGAAUCGCAUCUUCUCUGUGCAUGCACGUGUAUCAUAUCCUAACUUUAUUCUACAAAGUUGGUAAUGUAAGAAGCUGUUAAAUUCUUGUCUGUACGUUGUAACAUCAUCUCUGAUUCUUAAGGCUUCAUAACAAAUGUUUGCUGCUGAAAUAUUGUAUUUCAAUGGUAUGGCAACAAAUUUAGCUUAA